AUGUAUUUGCUUCACCAUCCUUUCACAUGGGACACCCGCGAUAAACCGACAUGGUGGGAAUGCUAUGGUGGUGAUACACUUCUUGGCAUGGAUUUGCAAUGGAGCCGGUCACCAAGCGUCACGUCUUCCAUCGGCACUUGGCCUGUUUGUGCUCCCCCGAAAGACUUUGGCAGAAUGGCGAACGGGGCUCUGGGUGCUAUUCAUCCACUUGGGCUGAUCUUGGAUCAAGAGGAGAGUACGGAUAUGCACCACACGUUUAUUCAUGAUACUGAUAUUACUAUGAAUAGUCGGCAGAUGUGGCUCGCUCUUAAGAUGAUUCUUGAUGGCUUUGUUCGUAUGAUAGACCAAAGUAAAGUUCUGGCUGUUAAAGAGGAUAGUUGCGAUGAAGAACAAUAG